UCAUAUCAAAUAUAAGUUGUUUAUUCAACAUAAUGGUAAAUAAAUCUGUUAAAGCCGUAACUUUUAUAUAGUGCGCACUUGGAUCAUAAAUUCUUAUUGGUUUUUGUUGACUUUGAAUGGCACCUAAGCGCACAUUUAACUUUCAAAAUAGCAAUUAUAUUGAUCUGGGAGCAAAUCGAUCGCAUGCUCUUCUAAGAGACACUUGUAGAAAUUCUAAAUUGUACUCGGGACAAUCGAAAUGAUCUUGAUUUAAUUAUUGAAACUCUGAUGCAUAUCUGAAGUGAUUUAUUACGUAUUGAUAGAGGCAUGGUUUCUUGUUUGAAACACGUUGUUGACAUAUAGAAUACACUAAAGGAGUUUAACAGACUGAAACAGGAACCACAUAUCACAAGGAAUAUCACAAUAAGGAUAGGCUGCAAUGGAAUAAUCAGUACAAACUCUAGAUGGGCUUUCCAUAAAUGUUUAUAUUCGCCACAUUAAUUGAAUCAUGAAUACGGAUCGUUCAGAUACAGAUACGGGCAACCUGACCACGGAUACAGAGGCAUUUUCUGUAGGAUCUAGUUCAGACCCUUCUCCCGGGGGACUUUGGCUGAAGCAAAAGAUUCAGUGUCGCCAAACUGAUCGGGAUUUACCAAAGAUAUUAAAGACAGUCCACGUGAGAGUUGUUUGGUUGUCGAUAGAUUGCAUGGAUGAUGUGCGUGGUAGUGUAGAGGGCACUGUUCUGAUCCAAACCCGUUGGAAAGACGCUGUAUUGGACAAAUUAAUGAAGAAUGGACGAAUGAAGCCAGAGAGUAGACAAGAUGCAUAUUUCAACCCAGGUCUCCAAAUAGAGAACCUAAGCUCCCUACAAGAGGAAGCUGUCUGGCGCACAAUGGUACACAACAAUCGUGGGCAGGCCGUGGUCACUGAGCAUAGACUAGUCACUGGAACCUUCAACCAGGACAUCUAUCUGAGAGAUUUUCCUUUUGACAUACAGGUACUGAAGCUCAAGUUGAAGUCCAGUUUAUCAAUAAAAGAGGUAGACCUUAUCCCGGACAGAAACAAACAAUCGACACUUGUAGACGAUGCUCUGUCUAGUCGCCUACAGGCAGACUGGCAACAAUACAAUGCUAUGGAACUCAGACAAACAACCAAAGCAAGCGCAUACCUCGAUGCAGAACACACAUUUCCACGUUUAGAUGCCACGUGCAAUAUUGCUAGAAAGUCGAGCCGUCAUGUCUGGCCCAUCGGUAUAGUCAUGAUGUCCAUCAUCCUCAUGAGCUUGUCCCUGUUCUCGUUGCCGCCGACACUCGAGCAUGUCCAGGCACGCUUACAAGGAACGUUUCUAUUGGUCACCUGUCUGAUAGUGUACCAAAUCGUAUAUGGACAAAUUACCGGUAUUCUGCAUGUAGUCCGACCUAAUAUAAUGGAUAAAUAUGCAAUGUUUGUUUUAAUCUACUUGGUACUAAAUGGAGGAUGGCACUCCAUGAGUCCUUACGUUUGCGAUGACAGAUUGCCAGAUAUAUACGUCCUGAUAACUCUAGCUCUAUUGGUCUUAAUGGCACAUAUCGCCAUCUUCAUAUGGAUACACUCUGUGGCUUUAAGAAAUCGGAAAAUGCUAGUCAGAAAAGAUUCAGAAGCAAAGCUCCAUACACUGAACAACAAUAACCUUCCUCCUACUCCCAAAUCGUCAAGACGUCAGAUUUAUAGCCAUGUGGCUCAAAGAACUGGUGUCAAGGGCAGCACUGUUGAAAUUGAACAUUUACUAUAAGUAUUUAUUCGAUGCUUGUCCGUCUACACAUUCAUCAUAUACAAAUGAGCUCAUGCUUUGGAAACACACACGAAAUUGUAUCACUUUCAGAAAUGGGAAUAUGAAAUAAUACAAUAUAAAAUUUACCAUUUGAAACGACAUUGUCUAAGAUAGGUAACAAAUAAUGUGUCCAAUGAAUGCUUUGAAUAAUUAUUUCAAUUUUCAAAUAUAUGACGCACACUUGGAUUGAAUGCCAUAACUAUUUGUUGAAAUAAACAUGUUUUAAGUUUUGUGUAUAUGUUCCACUUGUUCAAAUGAUUUUGAUUAAAG